UGUGCGUAUCGGUGAGAUGCAUUUCAGUUCGAGUUUGUAUUUCGUUUGGUGAGGUUCACUGUUCGCAACAGUUCGUCUUUGUCCACUGUCGACGUGUCUCUCUCUCUCACUCUCUCUCCAUCCGCCUCUGUUCGCCGUGCGUGUCUGUCCCGACUUUAUUUACCUUUUAGCUCACGUUUCACGAAGAAUAAAGAUCAACUGAAAGUUAUAGCCGCAGAAAAUGUUUCAUUUACGUUUCGUGCGCGAAUUUCAUGUGUAGACAUCAAAUAAGCGGAGGCAAAAAAUUAGCAGCAUCAUCAUCAGCGCCACCAGAAACAACAAUACACCACUACAACAACAAUAACCACUGCAGCAACAACAACAACAACGAAGGGCACAUCUAACGCUGCGGCUAACAGAUGAGCCCCAACAACAGAUGUCAAUUGCUGCAGCCGAAAAUGCAGGGCUUAGCCCAAGUGACUUACCAGAUCAUUGGGCCUCAGGUACAUCAAAUCCAUCGACCUCGACCAGCAGCAGCAGCAGCAGUAGUAGCAGCAUCAGCGCCAGCGGCAGCAACAACAAGUACAACAGCGGCAACAUAUCGGUCUGCAACCUGCCGCGCUCAUCGCCGGCCGCUGCAACAGCAGCCGUUACACUAUCGUCGGCCGCCGGCGGUAUUGGCAGCAACUUGCUGAGCGGCUUGCACCACGGAGCAUCACUGGCGCCCGGUACGCAUCAAUUGCAGCGCGCGACGGCAGCCAGCGGAGGCGGAGCUGGUGCUGGGGGCGUGGCAGGCGCCUCGACAGCAGCGGCACUUACACUCCAGCAACAUCAGCAUCAGCAGCAACAACAGCAGCAGGCGCAACACCAGCAGCAACAGCAACAGCAGCAGCAGCAGCACCAACAGCAGGCGCAUCAGCAGGCGCAACAGCAGCAAUUGGCCUACCAGCAGUUGCAACUGCAACAGCAGAUCAUCUCGCAGCGUUCCAUACAAAACAAGGCGGCGGCCACAGCUGCCGCACACACGGCAAAUCUUGCUGCUGCCCUGCAGCGAUCGGCUGCCAUUAUGAAUGCGGUGGCAUCGCCGAUCUCAGCCAAUUCAGCCAACUCAGCGACGUCCGGCGUCCGGAAGAUACGGCGCAAGACGGAUUCAAAGGUCAAUCUGCCCCAAUCACAAAUCAACAAAUGCAACAAUGAGAAGCGACGUCGCGAGGCGGAGAAUGGCUAUAUCGAGCAGCUUUCGGAGAUAUUGACGCUGAACAAGCGUGGAGAUAUGACCUCAACGAAACCGGACAAGGCGGCUAUACUAAACCAAGUGGUUCGAACGUAUCGUGAGAUCUGUGACAAGGGCCAAAAUCGUGAUAUAUCCUCAACGUCGACGAACAACAACAAUUCCACGACAACGACCAACAACAACACGAAUAGCAACAAUAACAACAACACCAGCAAACCGCAAGCAACCUCAACACGCUGCAGCCGCUGUGCCACGGACAACUGCUCGAUCCAUCCGGUGCAACAGGGCGAGGUCUCCUCGACGGAACCGCCUCUUCCGGAGCCAUCACUCCUGCUCGGCCAGGUGCCAGAGAUAUCGGCAUACUUCGAGGCACUCGAGCACUAUAUCAGCGGCGUCGGCUGGGUCCUGCUGCAGGUGAACGCCAACGGCAUCAUUGAGUCCUGCACGCAGAACAUCCGCGACCUGAUCGGCUAUGAGAAGCAGGAGCUGUACCACCAGCCGCUCUACAUGUACCUCUAUUCGGGGGAUCACGCCAAGCUAGAGCCGAUCAUCAACACAAUGUACAACAAUCCCAAUGGCGGAAGUAGCAACUCCGCCAACAAUUCUGGCCCGGGUGGCGGUUCUGCUGGCCCCUCGGCGGGCGUUUGGGGCGAUCUCGAGGAGCUGAACAACGGCAAUGCCUCACAGGGCUCCAAUUCCAGCGGAGCGGGCGGCUUGGGACGAACCGGUGGCGCAGCGGCGGGCAAGUCGAAGGGCAGCAUCUCCACCAAGGUGCGCAUGCUCGUUAAGGACACGCGCACUGCCACCCAAACGUCCUCAAACUGCGAGGAGAAGCCACUGAGGCAGUCCGGCCAUCAGGACAAGUACGAGGAGGUGGUCCUUAUAGCGGCGCCCGUCAAGGACGAUGCCGAUGCCAGCAGCUCGGUGCUGUGCCUGAUCACACGACCGGAGGAUGAGUCGCCCUUGGAGAUCAACAUUCAGCAGCAUGUGCAUCAGCAGCCGAUCGAGCAGAUGACUUUCAAGCUGGACAUCCACGGCAAAAUACUCACCCUCGAUCCCACGGCACUGCGGGAGCCGUUUAAGCAGCACCUGCAAACGUGGGUGGGCCGCCUGUGGCAGGAUCUAUGUCAUCCACACGACCUCUCCACCCUCAAGUCGCACCUGCGCGACAUACAGGACUCGGCCAGCGCCAAUUCGCCGGGUGCCGGGGCAGGCAACAGUGUGGUAUCUCGUCCGUUUCGUUUACGACUGGGAGCACCGGAUGUGUACGUGCAUGUGAAGGCAAACUCGAGACUGUUCCUCAACCAGACGCCUGGUGAGGGCGACUUUAUAAUGUCCGUACAGACGCUGCUCAACUCGGAGAACGACAUGAACAGCAGCAACACUGGAGCGGGCAGCGGCGGUUUGGGCUUGGGCCAGCUGUGUACCAUGGUGCCAAGCCCCUCACUUGCCAGCUCCCUGCUCAGCAGCCUCUCCAUGGAUGGUCUGCAUGGAGGAACCGGUUCGGGAUCCUCGUCUUCGCCAGCGUCCGCUGGCAUGUUGCCCACCCAUCUGCUGGGCGGACUGGUGGGCGGCGGUCAACAGGGCGGCGGUGGCAACAGCACACAGACUACAAGCGUGGGCGGACCGCUGAUGAGUAGCGCCAUUAUAAACGGCACCGGACUGCAGCAGCAGCAACAGCAGCAGCAGCAGCGAUCCGGCGCCAGCUCAUCGGCCAGCUCGUCCGCAAAUGCGCUGGUCAACGCGUUUACCGCCUCGCCAGCGCCUGCGGAGCACAGCUUCUACGGGAGCGAUACCUUCGAAUUCGACAUUGCAGCACAUUCCUCCUCAUUCGAAUUGGAUCCCAGUGGCGGUGUGGGAGCCUGGACGGAUUCGCGUCCCAAUUCGCGAGCCUCGGUGGCCACGCCCGUUAGCACGCCGCGUCCUCCGUCUGGACACGGAUUUAGUCCGGCUGUUUGCGCUUCUCCGGCCACGCCGUAUCAGCUCUCCUCGCACUCCGCCGCCAGCCUACCCUCGCCGCAAUCAAAUGCCAGUGCCGGCGGCGGCAACUACGGUGGCUUCAACUUCCACUCCUUCGAGGCGGGCGAUGUGAAGCCCGAGAAGGAUGUCCAGCAGCAACAAAACCAGCAGCAGGCAAACAACAAUAGCAACAGCAGUAACCCACUAUUGGGCGGUGGUCUGCCGAACGGCGUUGGUGGAAUGUUGCUCUCCCAGCAGCAGCAGCAGCAACAGCAGCAGCAGCAACAGACACCGCCGCAACAGCAGCAGCAGCAGCAGGAAUCCUCGGAGCGAUUGCGCCAUUUGCUGACCAAGUCGCAGAGCAUGGCCGGCGGUCUGGGAGGACUGGGCGAUGAUGAGAAGUACUUCAAGCCCGAGGGCAGCGAGGAUGAGAAGCACGCCAGCGGUGGUUUCAAGAUGGGCGGCCAGGCCGGAGGAUUGGGAUUGUUUGGCCCCAUGGGAUCGAUGGGGCGUGGUGUCGGCAACUCAAGUAUGCUGCACAAGGCAGGCAAUUCGCAAAACCCUAUGCUGCUCAAGCUACUCAACGAGAAGUCCGAGGACGAUGAUGGCAACGGAUCGGGCGGUGGGCCAGGUUCUAUGAACAACUCGCGGCAGAGCGAGCUGAUGCGCCAGCUAAAGAAUCCGGACGGUGGCAGCCACGGGAUGCACCGCAACAGUGCCAGCGGCAACAUGAGCACCGAGGAUCUAAAGGCCAUGCUCAAGAUCCAAAGCGAUCCCUCGCUGAAUCGAAAGAGACCGUUGAACGAGCCCGACGACGAUCCCUCUGCCAAACGGUCGGAGGACAAGCCCAGCAAACUGUGCACGCAGAAUAAGAUGUUGGCCAAGCUGCUGCAGAAUCCGCCAAAGAUACCCAAAGCACCCAAUCCCGAGCAGCCGCUGCAAGUGAAGACGCUGCCGGACAUCACCAGCUCCACGGUUAGCAGCACGCUGGCCGCUCCGGGUAACCUCAUUAGCGCUGGCAGCACCGGACCCAAAGCGGCCGCCAAUCGCAACCGAAAGCAGCAGCAACAGCAGCAGCAGCAACAACAGCAGCAGCAGCAGCAACAGGUCGCCGGCAUUCCUUCCCAGCAGCAACCACAGCAGCCAAACGAUGUCUACCUCAGUCAGCAGCAGCAACAGCAACUCCAGCCGCCGCAGCUGGCCUUCCAGCACCAGCAACAGCAACUGGCGACCACAGCAACUACCUCAAUUACCACAGCGGCCUCCACUUCGGCUGCAGCAGCGGCAGCGGCGGCCAUGCUGUGCGAAAGCGACUCGGAGCUGUCCAAGUUGCUGGACAGUGUAAUGGAGUAUUAUCCAGAUGAUGCUCCCAUCGUGACCAGUGCCCCAUCCGAGGCCUCGGCCAUCAACGACAUUCAAAAGUCGCUAAUGCUGGACGUGGAGUCGGCGGCCUUUGGAAACGAUCUAAGCCAGCAGCAUAUGAUGAGCCAGCAGCAACAGCACCAGCAACAACACCAGCAGCAACAGCUGCUGGCGCUGCAGCUUGCCCAGCAGCAGCAGCAACAGCGACAGCAGCAUCUGCAACAGCCCCCUGCCUACCCGGGAAUGCUGAACAUGCAACAGCAGCAGCAGCAGCACCAGCAGCAGCAACAGCAGAACCAGCAACACAUCAUACAGCGCCUGGAAGCCAUGCGCAAUCAGGGCAACCAGGGCUUCCAGCGACCACCACCCAUGUAUCCCGCCCGCGGGCGUGGGCCCAUGAAUGCGGUGGCCACUCCGGGCGGCGUGGUGUUGCCCGCCCAGCAGCAACUGCGAAACAUGCGACAGCAGCAGCAGAAGGAGCGCUUGUUGCAGCAACAGCAGAAGCAGCAAAUGCUCGUUCCCGAGAAUGCCACUGGCAUGAAUGCGGGCCUGAACAACAUUGGCUCGCUUCUCAACACGACGGUGGCUCCGAACGUGUCCCUCUCCCGCACGAACCUGCCCUCAGAUGCCCAGCUCAGUCCAAACUUUGCUCAGACCCUGAUGCAGCAGCAGCUCAGUCCCGGUCGCAGCGCGCCCUACAGCCCGCAGCCCAACCAAGGCUAUGCCCCGCAGUUUCCGCAACCUGGCCAACGACUUUCCCCGCAGCAGCAGCAGCAACUCAGCCAGCAGCAGCAGAACAAUGUCCAGCAGCAGCAGUUGGCCUACCAGCAGCAACAGGUGGGCGAUGGCGGACGUUCCAACACACCGUUCGGCUCAAACUCGGGAAUGCAGUCGCCGGGCAUGCAGAACAGCCCUCAGCAGUGGGGUGCUGGCGGUGGAGGAGGCGGUGGACCCGGCGGCCCACUGCCGUCUGGCAAUACCGGAAGAACACUGCAGCAACACAAUCCGAUGCUCAUUGCACAGCUGCAGGGCGGGAGUCCGUACAAUGCGCGUCAAUACCAACAGAACCAGAGACGCGGCCUCAACUCCCCAGGAGCAGUCGGACCCGGCGGCAAUCCGGCGGCGCAAGCGGCUCUCCAGCGGCAGAACUCGUUCCAGGGACAAGGCGGUGGCGGAGCCACCACGCCCGAUGGUUCCGGCGUGGGCUUCGGCGGUCCGCAGUCCCCCUACGGCAGCAAUGUAAAUGUUUUCCAGCAGCAACAGCUGCAGCGACUGCAGCGGCAGGGCAGCGUGCCACAGGCCACCCAACAUCUGCCAGGCUCGCCACGCUUUGGCUCCUCACCGGGCAGCAGCAACAACACUGAUAGCUCAGCUGCCGCCGGCAACCAGCAGCAGCAGCAGCAGCAGCAACAGCAGCAGCAGCAGCAACAGCAGCAGCAGCAACAUCAGCAGCAGCAGCAGCUGAUGAACGGGCUGAGCAUGUCGCCGCACCCGCAUCCGCACCCGGCGAUGAUGGGCGUGGGCGGCAUGGGCAGCGGCGGCGGCAACGGCAUCAUUGGCCUUGGCGGCGGGGGCGGCAACUAUGGGGCCACCCUUGGCGGCUACGGGCAGUCGCAGCAGGCGAAUGAUUUCUAUGGUCGCGCCCAGACCGCUGGCGGUGGUGGCGGCGUAGCCGGUGGUAGUGCCAACUCCGAGUUCGUCAAGCAGGAGCUGCGCGCGGUGGUCAGUGUGCGCGCACAGCAGGCGGCUGCGGCAGCCACCGGAGGAGCUGGAGGCGGCGGUGGCGUCGCUCAACGGGGACAGACGCCGCAGAGUCCGCUGCAGCAGGGCUCGGUGAUCGGGGGCGGCGGCGGCAUCGUGGGCGGGGUCAACAGUACAAACAGCAUGGGCAACGUGACGCCCACGGGCAGCGGCAAUGUCAGCAACUCCAUGCUCAACACGCCGCCAGACCCAACGCUGAGCUUCAGCUUCGAGACGCCGGACUUCUUCACCAGCAGCGCUACGAGGUGACCCUAAGGUGCCUAGUUGAGACCCAAGGAUCACGUACAACCAAAACUUCUCUUGCGCACGCAUUUAUGGCUCUAGAUACGAAAACAAUAGGAAAUGAACGGAUGAAUGGCGAAGCAUGUACAUCUAAUUACAAAUAUUAGCAGCACUAUUUAAAAAAUAUAUACCUAAAUAUAUUUAUUUUAUAAUACUAGCAAAUAUUAAUUUUAAAGCAAAAUGGGAACCUCGUCUAAAAGAAAUCGCGAAAACAUAAAUACCAGACACAAGCUCUAGUUAAAUAUUUUCAAAACCGCAUAUAAUAACUUCAAGAGAAGAUGCAAACAUGAUAUAAGGAAUGCAUAUUUAUUACGUUUAAAGAUAAAGCCUAGUACUAAGAGCUAUAUAUACAAUAGAAAGAAAGCAGAAACAUAAAUUAUGCGUUAAGUGCUGGCCGUUUCGAGGUGUUGUUAAAUUGAUAUAUGUAUAUUUAAAGAGAAUUAACAUUAAUAUUGUAUAACAUUUGGAGAAGCGUUGGCCACGGCAGCAGUUGGCUAAGCUCUAGAUAUAGCGACAAGCGAUAAUAUACUAUAAAGUAUACAAUUGGAUGGGAAAGCA